AUGAGCUCCUCCAAGGAACGUCGCACCAGGUUGCUGGAAUCUCUCCCAUGGGCUGAGCAUCCACUCAUCUCAAGCGCACCUAUGAGCGGCUUCGCAACAAACGAAUUGGCCGUGGCCGUAUCGAAGGCUGGAGGCCUUGGCCAGAUCGGCUUUACAGGCAGCCCCGGAAUCCUGCAGAGGGAGCUAGAACAGGCGAAACAGAAGCUGCAUGGGACUUCGAUAUUCGACGAGACAUCCAAGGUGCUUCCUAUCGGCGUUGGUAUCAUCGCUUUUGGUGGACCCGCCAGUCCUUGGACACAGACGUUUGCCAAGUAUAAGCCAGCAAUGGUCUGGCUAUCCUUCGGGACAGACAUCGAGUUCAAGUUAUGGGCUGACAACAUCCGCGCCGCGUCGCCUGAGACCAAAAUAUGGAUCCAAGUCGGAAGCGUCAAGGCAGCUCUCCAGGCAGCGAGUUGUUCUGCACCGGACGCUCUCGUACUACAGGGCAGUGAUGCCGGUGGUCAUGGUCAUAAACACGGAGCAAGCAUAAUCACCCUAAUACCUGAAGCCUUAGACGCACUGCACGAGAAAGGACUAUCCAACAUUCCCGUAAUCGCUGCCGGCGGUGUCAUGGAUAAGCGGAGCGUGGCGGCAGCCAUCGCCUUAGGCGCUUCAGGUGUUGUCAUGGGCACGCGCUUCUUGGCGAGUCAUGAGAUCGAGGUGGAGGAUCAAGUAGCGGAUGAAUGUCUUGCUGCCCGUGACGGAGGUGAGACUACUGUCCGAUCACGAGUUUUUGACGAUAUUUGGGGACACAAUUUCUGGCCGGAUAUGUAUGAUGGCAGAUGUUUACGAAAUUCCAUGUAUGAUAACGUGGAGGAAGAGGGCAUGAGUAUCCAGGAAGCUCGGUUGGCGCUUAGCACUCAAAAUGGAGGCGAGGGAUCUGUGGUAAGGGAUUCAUAUACGAUAUGGGCAGGAACAGGGGUUGGGAUGCUCAAGAAAAAGGAGAGGGCUGCCGACAUUGUAAAGCAGAUACGAGAAGAAACAAAGGAGCUGAUGAAAUCUUUGGCGGGAGACACAUAA